CCAAGUCCACCAAGAGAAGAAUGAUUUCUCACAUGGCUCACCGUAUGGUUAACCCAGAGUAAACAGCUUUUCAGGAGUCCGUCUGCAGAGAAGCAGAAACAGAGGCAAGGAAGGAAGGGUAUUAUUUGGUCUCCAAGGAAAGUGGACACAAACCUGCCAGGAUGAAAGAAACCACAAUUUUUCAUUCAAUUCAAGCUUCACUGAAAUAAACUGGAAAUAAGCCCCCAUGGUAGCCAUGAACACAGAGACGAACAUGCAAGUAACGAGUUUAGAUGAGUCACAUGAGUCUCACGUGAUGCAGCUCCAGUCUCAUCCCCCGAUCCCUCUGGCUCUCCUGCAGCACCUGGAAAGAUUGCAUGGGAAAGAUUCGGAUCCACUGUCGCCCCAUGACCUCACACCAGAGAGGGUUGGAUGCCUCCCUCCUGCCUCUCAGACAGUCAGACAUGUGUCUGGUUUGUAUAGCAUUUGCUUCGUGGGUGCUGAAGACUGCAAACCCACAAGUUGGAGAUGCCUGGAAGGCUGUUCUGCUGGCGAAUGUAAGUGCUCUGUCAGCCAUCCGAUACCUGCGUAAAUCCGUUAAGAUGGAGGCGGCAGCCAGUGAGAAGAAAUUGGAUUACACCGCCCCAUCUGAUUCUUGACGUCUCUGCCUCGAACUACGUGACACUUAAAAUGAACGAUUUAAUGCCUUAAAUGAGCCAGUGCAAGACCCUUCAAGGAAUUUGUCAAAUAUUUGAUGUGCUGUUGAUGUGGAGUUUUAUUGAUCUCUCCGUUAAAUGGAUAUGGGAAAGGGUUUCAUUUAAUAGCAGUUGUUUUGCUUCAUGCUAAAUGAAUUUGGCUGACAUUUUGACCUUUUAAUGCCUGAAAGCAUUCAUAUGAAAUAUGAAACGACCAAAGUCAAGAUGAGACCUGUAUAUUUAUCAGAAAGAUGGCUUUAGACAUUUGUAAAUAAGGUUUCAGUAUGUACUGGAGGAAGAUUAGAAGCAGGUUUUCUCAGAGCUGUACAGAGUUGAGAAGUUAGAUGAAAAUGUGAUAAAUGGAUUAACUUGAGGCACUCGAAGACUUUAGGAUGGUGCUGUUUGAGCCUGUUUGUUUCCAUUCCAUUGCAUUCAUUUAGUAGAUGCUUUCAUCCAAAGCGACUGCUAAAUAUCUCCAAUAACAAUAAUUGAAAAUAUUUUACAAAAUAAGAUACGAUCUAAACAGUAUAUAUGAUAUAUAUAAUAGUAUAUUAUAUUUAUGAAGGGCAUUUUCAUGAUAGAUAAUUUAUAGAUGACUGUACAGUAUUUUGUCAUAUGAGUUGCUCUGUGAGCUGUUGAUGUCUUCCAGCAAACUAUCUCUGAGAUGUGUGCUGUCUUGUUAUUCCGAAAGCACUCAGACCUGAAGGUGAAACUUUUCAAACACUAGAGGGCAACGUAAGCUCAUGUAGGAACCUGGAGUAUCACCUGAGUGAGCUUCAGUUUCACUUUCAGUUAUUUACAAUACUUUGAGGAUAGACCAAAACUAUUACUUUAAGGUAUUAAUUAAAAUAACAAAUUAUAAUAAUACCCUUAUUCAACAUUAUUGCUAAGUAUUCACAGGGGAUCCUCUCCUCUUCAAGAAUCAUAAAUUUUUCUCCAGCAGAUGGCAAAGUUGAGCUAUAAAAUAUGAAGCAUCCUGCUGCUGAACACAGCCUAUGAAGCUGUUACAGUAUUCUCACAGCACAAACACUCAACCGAUUUUGAUGCAAUUUGGAAAAAUAGUGCAUCUAGCGACUGGGUUAUGCAUUUCAAAAUGUCACUGAUUCACCCAUGGGAGCUAUACAGUAACAGGUUUGAGCAAAAAGACACAUACCGGUUUAUAAGGCCCCGAAAGGGAGUACAUCGUGAGGGACAACAUGUUUGCUGUUUGUCUCAUUGGUUUUUCAUGUCCAAAUAAAAUCUUGAGUCAUUUGA